CCGGGUAUUUUUAUUUUAUUUAUAUUACAUUACAUUAUAUUACAUUAUAUAUUUUAUUGAAAUCUAAAGUAUCCUCUUUUCCAGAUGAAACAAGACGGGUAUUUUUAUUUUAUCAUUUUAUCGUUUAUCACUUAUUUCCCACAUGCAAUAAAGGCAGAUUCGAACUCCACCUGCCUCCACUUCUGCCCCAAUCUCUCCCUCUCUGGACCAGCUGGAACCGGAACCUCCGGACUCUCCACAACUGGCCACUCUGAUUCUACCUCUCUUCACUAGCUCUACGUUGGCUGGGCGGCGCGGGUGACGUCGUCAAAGCGCGACGCACGGACGCACGGCGGGUGAAGGCGUCGUCGGGCCGCUGAUAUAUUACGCCACCGACGCCCCGCUCGCUCGCUCGCUCUGUGACGAGAGGCUCGCGGGAAGAGGGCGCGGCCGACUCGGGUCGCCGUCAUGACGGGGCGCAAGUUUCCCAAGGAGAAGAAGCGGCACCGCUCCCGCCUGGGCUGCCUGGAGGAAGAAGGCGGAGGCAGCGAGAGGAAACGCCGGAGCAUCGAGCCGCUUCAAGGCCUGGCCGAGGUAACCGCCGCCUGGGCCUCCCUGAGGGAAGGCGGAGCCGGUAUGCGCAUGCGCAAGGUGCCUUGGCGACCACGCCCCCCCGCGCGCUUCUUAUAGUCGUUUUCUAAAAGCCCUGGGAGUGGACCUUUCAGUAUUUGUAAAGCACAGCUUACGUGGAUGGCACUUAUUAUUAUUUUAUUUUAUAUUACGUUUGGAUUCAGCUUCAUGAGAUUUUUGAAGCAACGUCCCCCAUAUUCCUGGACUUGUGUCCAUUUCCUAUGAACAGCUGUUCCGUUUACUUGUUUGCGACCCAGUUUUGGUUCUAGAGUAACCCAGCUUUAUACAGAAUCUGUAUAAAGCACAUCACAAGGUGGAAACCCAAAAUAGGGGGGGGGGAGCUUUACAAAAAUCAAAUAAGAACUACCAAAAACGUUUAUAUUGAAAAUUUGAGUGGUGGUGGUAAAAUAAUGAAUUGCUUUGAUCAAUUUGACUAACAGCCUAGCAAGGUUAACAGUUUUGUCUCCAACUACCGUAACUAUUACUAUUAUUAUUAUUAAUAUAUUAUUUAUACUCCACCCAUCUGGGGGGUUUCCCCAGCCACUCUGGACAGCUUAACUGUGGAGCAUAAUCAUCCCCAUGUUUUUUUUUUACUCCAGUAACUUAUAAUCACAAACGUGACUGUCCGCUUCUCAAUAUGGUUCUGCUUUUAGUUGUCCUGAUUAAGAGCCACUGACAGACCUAACCUGCAUCAUGAAUUUGUUAAAAGAUCUUUUUUAAGUUAGAAGGAAUCACUAUUUUUUGCAAGUAAGUUAUUAGUACAUUAAUUGUAUGCUACAUGAACCUUCUUAAGAUCUGGCGUUAGGGAGCAGCUUUCUGACCAGUCCUAUGCAUGUUUACUUUGAAUUAAGGCUUACUCCCAAGUAGGUUUGCAACUUUAAAAAUAUGACCCAGAUACUCAAAUUUCACAGCCAUGAAUUCAAAAGGUGUCCACAGGCCAGACUGCUAUAUCUUGAGUUAAACCUCUUGCCUGUAAUUGUGAUGACAGUACCAGCCUGCUUUACAGGGCUGGUGUGAGAAGAACAGAGAUAGUAACCAAAGUGCUUUGAAUGUGUUGUUUCAUCCCCCCUGCCCCCCCGAAUGUAUUCUCAGUUCCUUUUACUGGGUGGCAUAAUAUUUUGAGAGAGAACUAUCCCCGUGGAUUUCCUUUUGCAGCAUUCACCUGUAAACUUAUUUGCUGACUAUAUGAUCUUUCAAGUAACUUCAAAAUGCAAAACUGAACACCAGCUUUAUGGAGCAUCUUAAACAUUGCAUUUGUAUUUUAGACUGCAGUAUUAGGAGCCUAUAUAAGAAGCUUCAUUGAUUCAGGCUGUAAUCCUAUAUCCUGGGAGUAAGACCCAUCUAACCUUGUGGGACUUACUUCUGAGUAGACAUGAAAUGGCUUGCACUGUUCCUUCUGUAGUCAAAGCUUAGUUGCCGAUAUUACGACAUAAGCAAGUGUUUUGUGUUGGGUCAUGAUUUAAUCAGUUUUCUGUGUCAUCAUUUAGGAAACAAAAUGUACUACACAAAUUCCAGAAAAUGAGGAUGUGGAAGAAGAAUCCAGUGACCUAGAAGAAGGUGGAUUAGAUCUCAGCGUGCAAUUGAAGCCAGUUAGUUUCUACAUCACAGAUAAGAAGGAAAUGCUACACCAGUGCUUUUGUAUCAUAGGAGAGAAGAAAGUGCAGAAAAUGCUGCCUGAUGUCUUAAAGGUACUGAAAUAUAUCUAUUCUGGCAAAUUUUGGAGAAAGCUGAACCGUUUCAGCAUUUAUCAGGAAUAGGAGUGAUCUGAAUGCUCUAUAACAAAGGUUAAGCCUCUUGCUAUAAGCUCUGGCUUUUAUUUAUUUAUAACCACUCUGAUACCAUCUAACCCUGCUUCUUCAUUCUACAGUUAAAAUAUACUCUUUUAUCAGGAUUGAAAAAAUAUUUCAAAAAUUAAAGGUGUGCUGCCCUGUUGGCUCCAUAGAGGUUGCUUAAAUUCCAUUCAGUGGGUUUUCAGUAGCUUAACUGCACGUAGUGUAAUAGUCAUUAUCCUUCUGUGGACAUCUGUACAGUAGAAAUUAAACAGUAUAUAUUUAUUAUAAAUUUAUUACCCUGACAUGUGCAAUUGGCUAGCUUUUGAGAUAGUAAGGAAACUCUGAAAGGUUUUGGUGCUUCAUUGGAAAUGGGACAUUUCUGUUACGCACUGAAAUCCUUAAUUUUAAUUAGAACAUUGCUAUGGUUAUUUCCUUGAUCAUUUUAUUUUUUCUUUAAUUAUGGCUAUGAUACUGGAUGUAUAUUCAGUCGUACCUUGGUUCUCCAACGGAAUCUGUUCUGGAAGUCCGUUCAACUUCCAAAAACGUUCAAAAACCAAGGUGCACCUUCCGAUUGGCUGCAGGAGCUCCCUGCACUCAAUCGGAAGUCACGGAAGCCGUGUCAGACGUUCAGCUUCCAGAAAACGUUCACAAACCAGAAUACUCACUUCUGGGUUUGUGGCGUUCGGGAGCCAAAACGUUCGAGUCGCAAGGCAUUUCAGAACCAAGGUACGACUGUACAUGCAUAGAUUCAAUUAAAAAUACAGUGGUGCUUCGCAAGACGAAAUUAAUCCGUUCCGCAAGUCUCUUCGUCUUGCGGUUUUUUCCGUCUUGCGAAGCACGGCUAUUAGCGGCUUAGCGGCUAUUAACGGCUUAGCGGCUUAGCGGCUAUUAACAGCUUAGCGGCUUUAAGAAAAAGGAAACAAACUUGCAAGAACUCGCAAGACGUUUCGUCUUGCGAAGCAAGCCCAUAGGGAAAUUCGUCUUGCGGAACGACUCAAAAAACGCAAAACCCUUUUGUCUAGCGAGUUUUUCAUCUUGCGAGGCAUUCGUCUUGCGGGGCACCACUGUAUAAAGGGGUCAGAUUUACUUUUUAAGGAGCCAUGCUUGUAUUUAUAUUUUAAAUAUUUAUGGAAGGUGUUAUUAUCCUGCUCUUUAACUGUACAGGCUCCCAGAGUUUAUGUAAGAUCAAUAAAAACAAGCCUUCCUGCAGGCUUACACUCUACAAGACAUGACACAAAAGGGAAAGGGAAUAAGGAGGGAAGAGAAAAAUCAGCACCCAUUCUUAAAGUCACAAAGUAGUUCCACGUAGUGUGGAAACAGCUCAGGGAAAGAAGGGUAGAAUAUCCAAUAACAAACAAACAAACAAACAAAUACAUACAUACAUGUGUCACACUACAUUGCCGUAAAGAAGGAACCUAUAUCCAAAUUUGAUGUUUAAAUAUCGGCUUUCGCCAGCAUAAUGCCAUGGCUUACGUUUUAGAAUGGCACAAUUUUCCACGUUGGGACUAUCAACUAACUAGAGAAUUUUUAGUUGAUGCAUCUUCUUUUUUUAAUGGGUUGGUUGAUUGAUUAUUGCUAAAACGAUUUGCAGUUUAACAACAUUUAAUGUAGGUAUCUUUCUAAGAAACUGAAAGUGGAGUAUGAUAAUUUUAUAAUUUAGUAACUCAGGAAUUCCUAAAUUCUGUUGUUCAAGAGCACUUCUAAUUUGCCCUGUGUAAUGCAUUAGAGAAAUGCCACCCUUCUUGCCACAGAAGAGGUAGCACCUCAAUUCUCUGCAUGAGUCACUAAUUAGGGGCUGCAUUUUCCCAACCAGAAGGCACACUGAGAAAGUGACUCCCAUAGAGAGUGGGUUCCUCCACUGGUAAGUGCUACUUAUUAUUAGUGUUUCAUUUGGGUUAAGUUUUGGGUUAAGUAGCUGAGUAUGUCUCAGCUACCAUUGGUUUAUGAAACAUUGUAAUAAACAAAAGCUGCUUCACAUUGUUGAAAGGAAACAUGUGAGUCCAUUUUUCUUUGAGUGUUACAGUAGCACAGGAGAAUUUGAAUAGCCUUAAAAAUGGGCAUGUGCCCUCAAAACCCCACCAAUUAAAAUGUACUCUUGCAUAUUGAAAUGGUAUUGCACUGAUAAAUCAACCUAAGCUUUAAUUGAUUAACUUGCCAAUUAAAACUUGCAGCUCUAUUCAGUGUGUAUCCUAUGCACUUACAAGCUAGUUCAGCAAGUACUGAGAUCAGACUGCUACAAAGGCUUUCAGAGUUUAUAUAUUUGUGUAUGUGUGUGUUUUAAUAAAUACUGUUGUAGAGCCCUCGGAAUGAAGCAGGCUGCAAAUGUAAAUAACCUUAAUUACUGUGGCAUAUGGAAUAAUGUAGUAUAUAAUUAUAGCAUUUCCACAGGGAUGUUGAAAUUUUUCUUUAAUUGGACAUAACACCAUCAGAGAUGAGUGUGGCAGCCUGGCAGUUUAUAAAUAAGUAAUUUAUAAUUAAAAAAGAACACUACUCCCAACAGACUUAAGACAUCCUUGCUUGAAAAUAAAGCAACUUGAAGUUGGGGGCAGGCAGGAUUUAAAAAUAAAGUAAAAACCACACAAUAAGUAUUCUGGCUAUUUAUAAGAAUAUCAUAGAAUGCUCCGGUUGGCAAGAAAAGCACGUAUGUUCAUUUUUAUGAUAUACUAAUCUUGUCUCAACAUUUCUGGAGAAAAAGAUUUUGUAAAAUUUGGACUGGGAACAGAAACGCUCCCUUAACCAUGCUGUUUUUCUUGUAGUUCAUCCCUAGGGCUGCAGAGCAGAUUCCAUAGCAACACUUUGCCUGCCAGCUACACUGAGCUCCUCUUCCACUGCAGACACCAGGUCUGGCCUAAUACAUUUUGGCACCUGAGGAAAACUACAAAACGGCACCUCCCCCCUCCAGGGCAGAGAGGCUGCUGUAUAGGCGGCAUAGCAGGGCUACAGAGGAGAGAACAGAUCUGGCUUCCAAGGAAUGUGCUACAGCCAUUGCUGUUACUGCGGCAGCGGGCUAUGCAUUGCUUGGAAGCUAGAUUUGCUGCCCUCUACUACAUACCCUCUCAACAUUUCUCAAGUGAAAACAGGGAUGUCCUAUUAAUAUUAAUAUCAAUUUAUUUAUACCCCAUCCAUCUGACUGAGUUGCCCCAGCCACUCUGGGUGGCUUCCAACAUAUAUAAAACAUUAAACAUUAAAAAAACCUUCCUUAUACAGGGUUGCCUUUAGAUGCCUUCCAAGGGAGUAUGUAUAUCUCCUUGGCUCGGGUUCACAUAACUCCAAUACCUUCCAACAUUUCUCAGAUGAAAAUAGGAAUGUCUCAAGGGAAAACAGGACAGAUCAAAUCAGAAACCAGGGAGGGUUCUCUAAAUCUGGGACUGGCCCUGGAAAAUAGGGACACUUGGAGGGUUUGCUACCACCUGAGGCAGUUGACCCACCUUGCCUCAUGGGUGGGCUGGCCCUGGUAGACUCCAUAGAGCAGCCUUGGAAAUGUUGCUACCUCCCAAAUGUUUUAGUUAGUCCUUGUUCUCCCAUGUUCCCAUGUUCAUGGCCUUAAAAGCCCGUGAAGAGAAAUUUGUAGGAACUUCUCAGCCUACUUGGAAGUAAUCAGACAAGUGGCUGUUUACAAGUCUACCAUAGAUAUGGGAUUAUGUAGAAUCUUGACUCCAUCAGGCAAGGAGUUCGGGAAGAUGGGAAUUGCUGGAAAUGCUAAAACACUGUUAACUCAGUCAGAUUUUUGUUGUAUGCAGCCAGUGUCUAUUACAAUAUCAAUCACACACACAGAAAGACAAUUCAAGAUAAGUUUAAAACAUUUCAAAUUUUAGAACUGCAAAUGAUUGAAACUUAAAAUUAUAACCCUCCCCAGAUAAUUUAGAUUUUUAAAAAUCUCCUUGGUAGAGUCAACACUGCUUUGGAUCUGUAACGUAGCCCAUAGCUCUACAUGUGCAGGUAGUGAGAAUGUUAUCCUUUAGAUUACAAAGUUGUAUACAUCAGCUUGCAGCCCUAUGUUUUUGAAAUAAUCUGAUUGACCUUCUUAAAAAAACUUUGAAUGAAUAGAGGAAUCUUCCUAGGUGGAUUGUAUAGGGGCAAUAAAAAAUACAACACACAAUUUCUUCAAUCUGGCCUGAUCAACAUACAGAAAGAUGGUCAUAUGUUGGCUUAUUAAAUAAUUUACUGGUCAGCUGUUCUGUGUACAUAGUUCAAAAUCUGAACUGGGUAAAUGCAUGUCUAAUGGGGGGGGGGGAUUAAUUCCUGCAGGAAAGUAACACUUUUUGUGAUCAGAAUCAAUUUUAAUGUACCAGAGUGAAGACUUGGAAUUCUUUACAUGUUCAAAGUCCAUUUAGGCAUCUUUAGCAGAAAUUACAUCAUGGGUCUCAUGGUAGGAAAUAUCAACCAGUUGGCUGUGUCCACUUUUGUGCUGCAGACCUGGGAAGGUUGGUCAUAAGUCAAUACGUUCCUUGGCCUGCAAAAAAUUAGCUGCUCCUCUUAUUGAUGAUGCCGAUCAAUGGAGUCAAAGGCAAAUGAGGGAUUAAUAAAUGUGACAUACUGCUUUUUUGAGGGACCACUAACAGCUGGAUAAGGUAAUUCAAAACAGAACAUUGAUCUGCAAUGCUAUGCUUCUUGGAAAAGCCAGCCUGCAUCGGGGAAGGAGCCUGGUACUUCAUUGUUCUAACUUCUCAGAUCUUCUCAGGAACAUCAACAAAACUUACUGGUUGAAUUUUAUUUUCUCUUCACUUAACUCUUCCAAAAAAAGAAAGAAAAGGGAAGCACAUUUUAAUAAAUCAUACAAGAGUUUGAAGUGGGUUUAAAUCUUAGGGUAAGGGAAACCUUGGUUAGCCUUAAUCACAGUUAAUUUGAUGCUGGCAAAUGAUAAAAUUUAAUUCCAGGAAGGGGUAGUGUUACAAGAAAGUGUGUUUCCAAGGCUGGUGCCUCAUAACACUUGUUACAUUAUAUCUGUAUUAGCUCCGUUUCUCAUAAUUAAGGUUUAAACUACCUGUAUAAUUUUUCAUGGGCUGGUCCACUAAAAUUCUCUGUCAAGUGUAAAGUACGAACAAGAAGUCUUCUGAAUGAUUUUUAUGAAAAAGAAUGUAUUAAAGGUUGAAGAGUCUUAUGGCACAAGACUUUUCUUUUGCUGUAGCAGACUUAACACAGUUACCUACCGGGAGUGAAAACAUAGAUACCGAAAGCCUUAUUAGGGUGAGAGUGAUAUUUUUCAGAAAGUUGUAUUUCUUCUUCUUCUUUUUACUCAAGCAAUACUAAUGAGAAACAGUGGCUGGAAUAAUCCAUAUCCAACUGCCAGCAUUAGGGAAUUUGAGAAGUGCCCUUGGGUUGUAUUUAAUUGUAUGCCCCCACUGACAGAAGGCUGUUUGAUCCAGCAGAAACGUCCAUGAGGUGAAAAAGAGGGGAGAGGUAAUUUUUGCAGUUUCUUCCUUUCUCCUGCAAUCCCCUGCUGCGCUUGCCACACCAUUCAAAGGGUCCGCCAGCGCUCUUGAGCAGAUUGGGGUGUGUGCACAGGGGGCUACCCUUUAUGCCAACAUACGCCCCUGCUGGAUUACAGUGCCUUCCAUCAGAGGAGAGGCACAACUGGCUGCAAUGCCUGCCUUGCGAAACCUAAGAAGAAAGCCAGGGUUCAGAUCUGGCAUACUUUGCUACUUCCUUAACAUUGUCUUUUUGCAAAACCGUCUUAAUAAAAUUUCUAAUUCAGAUCAUAAUGUUUUAAGUUUCGGUUUGGUGUCCAGAUUGUAUGUACCUGGCCGGGGAGGGCGGGGUACAAAUAAAAAACUGAUGAUGAUGAUGUUAUUAUUAUGUUGUUGUCGUCUUUAUUAAAAAGAAAGAAAGGUGAAAUUCAAACAAGCACUAAAGAGAUGACCUGCCACUGAACGGAGUGGUCUCCCCUCUUCCCCAACCUCUCAUUUUGGAAGUUCUCCCAACUCUUCCAGAGACAGGACUCAUCCUGUUGCUCCUGCUAGCUCAACUAGUUGAAUCUGGCCCUUAGUGCGUAACUAGUGUUAGAAGCUCACAUAUAAAAGCUAGGUGCCAAAUGGCACCUUAAACCAGGAUUGCUUGGUUGCAAGUGGCUGAUAGUCAGGUACAAAAUGCGCAUGGCAUCUGGCUAAUUGCAGGCACCGUUUAUAACAGUCCCACCUCUCUUUCUGUAGGGCUGUUCGAUAGAAGAAAUCAAAAGGCUUUGUCUUGAACAGUUGGAGCUCCUGUCUGAGAAGAAGUUAUUGAGAAUUCUUGAAGGUAGGCAAUACUGUAUCAUAUUGGAGCUCCUAAUGAACACCAAGUACAUGGAUGCUUGAUUGUAUACCGUAUGUUUCACUCUAUAAGACGCACCACACCACAAGACGCACCUAGUUUUUGGAGGAGGAAAACAAGAAAAAAAAAAUUCUGAAUCUCAGAAGCCAGAAUAGCAAGAGGGAUCGCUGCGCAGUGAAAGCAGCAAUCCCUCUUGCUGUUCUGGCUUCUGUGAUAGCCGUGCAGCCUGCAUUCGCUCCAUACGACGCACACACAUUUCCCCUUUUUAGGAGGGGAAAAGUGAGUCUUAUAGAGCAAAAAAUACGGUAUGUAGCAGAGAAGCAUGGCCAUUACCUAGAAGAUAGAUUGGAAGAGAAGCUUUGAGCAAAUGAGGGCAGUUAUGACUUGGAACCCUGUUAUAGAGAGACUUAAAAUUAAUGGCUACAGCAUUCAGAGGAGCUGCUCACAAGAGAUCUACUUGUGGUAUUAGGCUUUCCUUUUUGCUCUGAGGACUGGAAAACCAGCCCCCAUAAGCUUUCCAUCAGUUAUCUACAUUAAUGAGCAUUGCUUAAUUUUUUAGAAUAGUUUUAACUCCUUGUUAGCUACCCUUUUAGCUUUAGUCCUGAACUUCUGUUACAGAAGUUGCCCAACGUUUUUAAAUGUGUUGCUGAAUAUAUGUUUUAUCUAUAGACUACUCAGAGCUUUAGUAUGAGAACAGACUCUGUGGCCUGUAUUACAUAUUUGUGUGUAUGUGUGUUUGCAUAAGAAAAAGGAAUACCUGUUUUCUGUACAAAUGCUCCUACAAUAGUUUAAUAUAAAUGGCUGUGUUGUAAGAGAAGAUAGGGUUAAUUUUAUAUUAUUCCUUUGGCAAAGACUCUUGAGCUGGGUGGCAUUUUUUUCUCUUACCCGAGUGACAGAAAUUUCCUGGGGAAACCUUUUACAUGAAUUCUUUUUCCUUGUGGUGAAAGUACUGAAGACUUACUCUGUGUUUGUAAUAGUUGUUUGCUUGCAAAGAUACCAAGUUAAGCAUGGAGGUGCAGAGAAGCAGCCAGACACUUAUUGCUGCUCGUUGAAGCAUCGUAUCCCCCGUACCCCAGGCUCUCCAAACAAUAUAGCCUUGGGACGUGCUAUGGUUCCUUACCGCCAGCCAUCUUCAAAACUCAGGCCACUGUCUCCCUCACAGACUACAGCUCCAAAUGGUUUCUGUUGAGUACCUUAGUCAGGCAGGUGGGCUGUGUCUCUUCAUUUGACAGUCAUAACAGUAUUUACUGAUGCAUGUAUUAAUGAGGCAGAAAAAUGCUGCCACACUGUAUAGCAUCUCACAUUGACGUUAUAUUUCAAGGUGAGAAUGAAAAUGACUCCGACAGUGAUGAAGAGGCUAAUGGUGGGGAAGAGAAGACAGCAGUUGAAUCUAUCAGCCAGUAAGUAAUUGUAAUGAGCAAAUUUAAUUUAACUGUCCUCUGAGAGUCUAUUUAAAAGUUUGUGCUGACAAUUUCGUUUUGAAGUGUUGGUGAAAUCCCAGAUAAACCCAUGGUGAAAUCUUGGCUGAACCGCUGCAAAAACUCUGGGGAAAAUUUGCAAAACAUUAGUGAAAUGAAACUUCAGGUGAAACUUUCGUGAACCUUGCUGAGCAUUUGUAAAAACCCAGUGAGCCUUCGUAAGAUCCCGUUGAAAUGUUAGUUAAAUUGGCAGAAUCUUCUGAAGCCCAAAGUGCCUUGAACAGAGAAUCCUAAUUGUAUCCUCCAUCAGAUCCUACGGUACAAAGGUAUGUAUACAGCUGCUCUUAAAUCACAGCAUAAAGUAGGAAAACCAACCAAAUCCAAGACUGUUUGCAUACAGGCAACCCCUGAUUUGGGGGGGGGGGGUUGCAUUUGGGUAAUUGUGUGUGCUGAUGUAGCCUGUUCCAUGCUCUUCCUGGUCUGAAAAUGUCACACAUGUUCAGGGUCGUGCUUGCUUUGAACGUGUGCAAAAUGGGAGUUGCCUGUAAUCAGCUUGUUGCCCAUCCCAUGGCUGCAAAUAGGAUCUUUUCGUUUUAGGUUGGCUGUUAAUUGCUAGGGUUAAAACAGCGUGGAGAAUUUUGAUUCAUUUUGUUAUGUAAUAGGGUUGGGAGAAGGCAGAAGUUCUUGGGUUACCAAGCCUCUUUUCGGUGACUGCUUGUUAGUAGCAUAGUAUGGGUUCUUCUUGGUGGGAAUCAACAUUUAAACGGCAGUUUUUACAGUUGCCUGGGAGUAAACCCCAUUGAGCUCAGUGGGGAUUACUUCUGAGUAGAAAUCCAUGUGAUUGUGUUGUCAGUGUGAACAAGAUGUACUAAGUAACUCGCAUAUCAGCUAGUUCAUUCGGUUAAUACUAAGCAUCUGAAAAAGAGCAUCUAAUCUAUGCAACAUUUGGCCACAAGAUGGCAGAAAAUGCAUGUGUAUUAAACUUAAGAGUUGCGCCAUUACAUCAAGAAGCCUUUUUAUGACAGCAUAAGAAUUGCUCAGUGACAAAGUGUUUUGGACAGCAGAUUGUCUGUAUUAGUAUGUGUACCUUUCUACCGAAGUGGUUGAUAUCAAGCAGGUACCACAUAGUUUCUGCUGCUAGUUUUGCAGUGCACUGUUCAGGGGUCAGAAAACUUGGUACAGCUCAUAUGUUGAAAAUCACCAUUUCCAUGACCAGUAUUUAAAAUAAGCUGCAUAAUUGGAAAUCAAGAACUUGUUGUUAAGGCUCUUGCCAAAUGAGCAAUCCUGAUUCCUGAACGAAAUUUGGCAGGACGACUCCGGACAGCAGGAGCUUUAUUAUCCUAGAGCAGAUAUCCUUUGAUACAUUUUCCUUCUGCAAACCAGAUGACUGUGCCAGAUCAUCCCCGUUUGCCAAUGAGCAAUACUUGAUAACAGCAUUAUCACUCAUUUAGGAGCUGAUGUCUUCAUCCUGUGGUUGGUUAGGAAUGAGGGGUACGAAUGCCAGGGACAUGAUUGCCAGGUUCCUUUUCCUGUAGGGUGCUGGGUCUGUAUCGAUGCUCAGGGUUGUACACACCUUGCGCCAAACAGCUUCAGAUAUUCUGGAUCGGGAUAAAUAAAAUUUUGUGCCAAGGAAGUUUCAGCCUGUCUGCCCAGCCCAGCACCCAGGUGGGGAUGCAAACCAAUUCCUCCUCAUUCAUCCAAUGAUUGAUUUGAUGAACAAGGAGAGGCCAGUUUGCAUCCCCAUCAGCUGUGGGAGGAGAGUUUCCUCUUCCGCUCUGCUCAUCAUGUAUUUUCCCAGUGAGUUGGCCAAGGGUGAAUAUAGCCUUCUGGCCAAAAUGCUUGCUGUAGCCUAAAUCCAACUUAUUUCCCCACAUUUGGUGCUCUUUCAUGACUCUGCUUCUCCUCAUAGGUUUGAAAUUUACCUCUGAAACCUUAAAGGCUUGAAGUUUAGUUGCUGUUGUUGUUUUUUGAAUGGAAGCCAAUGUUUCAUUCUGAACCCAGUAUCAAUUUUCUCCUUCAUAAUCAUGAAAUGAUUGCUGCCCUGCACACACGCACACAUCUAUAUGUUCUGCGUAAAUGUCUUAAUAUCUGUAAUAAUUUCAUAGGUUUGGGGGUUCAAUAGGAAAACUUUGCCUUGAGGGCUGAAUCUGUAGCAGCACCUGGUACUGAACAGAAGUGAAUUGAGAUGAGAGGAGCCCAUUGGAAUAUUUGGCAGCUUCCGUAUUAAGUUAGUCAAGGAGGCUUGUGGAGACAAAUACAGGGGCAUCAGGAAAAAGGUUUCCUCUUUGUGGACAGAUAGAUUAUUUUUCAGGGAUCUGGUUAAAAAUGAAUCACUUAUAUAUGCACCCCCAUUUUAAAAAAUUAUCUUUAAUCAUAGUUUAGUUACAAUACUUAACAGAGGCGGACACACGCCAUUAGAGCUAAACCUCUGAAAUGUAAGUUAGGAUGACACUAACCUUGUAAUGUUAAAUUUAACUCCUCCCUGCAAGCUGGAUGCUUUGAUUGUGUGCAUAUUAACAUAAUACGUACAUUACAAAUUUUAGACAAAGUAGCUGAGGUAUGAAAUUGGUUAGAUGAAUAUAAAAUAAUUUUAUGGCUAAAAUGCUCAUUAAACUCAACAAUUGGACUUGCCUUCCAUGAUUUUGAAAUCCUGUGGAGAGCUGUAUCCUGUUUCCUCAAGUGUGUCUUACAAUCUUUCAUUUGCUUUCAUGCUUUGUAUAAAGACAGUUGAACAUCAUGGCGAGAUGGCAGAUGAAAUGUCAUCCUUUUUAGCACUUUCUGAGUUAUUUCCCCAUCCUUUGAAACAGAAAGCAAUGUGUCAAAUUUUGGUGAGAACGUUUUGAAAUAGCUAAACCAGCAUAACACCAUCCCACCCCAAAAUGUGGGUUCAGUGAUCUUUUUAUCAUUUUUGUGCAGAUUGUGUAAUACGCAAGGCUGUUUUGAAGAUUUGCCCUCUUAAGUCUGGGAGUUUGGCAGCACCUUGCGGUUUUGCAGGUUGCAUCCUUGCCUUGCUCUUCUUUCUUAAUGAUCCAGUGGGUUCAUGUCUGAAAAUACCUUUUCCCCUUUUCUGUCAGAGACUAGAUUACUUUUAAAAUUAAUUCUCAGUAGUGUGGUUGUAGUAUUAAUCUCAGCAGUUAUAAAUACAUUGCUGUGCAGCAGUGUUGAUGAACACUGUAAGUAGAGUUAGGAUCUGCUGUUUUGUGGGGCAAAUUCCUACGUGUAAUCCCUCGGCAGGGCUUCUGUGCCCAGUUCCCCUAUCGUCCACAGGUUUUCUUUGUGUGUUUCUGCAGUUGCCUUACUGGGGAGCUCUUUCCUCCUAUUGAUGUUUUUCAAAGAACUUGCUCUCCAGAUUCUUCCCCUGAUAGCAGUGGCAUCAGCCAAAGAUACUUCACAGUUAGGGUCUCUGUUGUUGAUGUUCUGUAUCUUUCACAAGCACAGAUGUUUUCAGGGGUGUUUGGGGGUUGUCUUUUUCUUUCUUGUUCUUCAGCGAGGUUCUUCUUUUGGAAAAACAGCGGUGGCAAUUCUGGGGAAAUGGACAAGAAAUGCAUCGUUUUUUGGCACUGUAGCUCAGCAGUAAACCACAUGCUUUGCAUUAAGGUGGUCUUGGGUUUGACAUCUACUGGUGAUAAUCCUGUAGGAAAACUUGGAUGAGCCAGUGGUCUGGUUUGGUAUAAGGCAGCUCUGGGGAUACAAUACUGUUAAUACAGUGUACUUUCCAAGUUUUCAAAGCAUUUAACAUAACUUUUAUCUCAGUAAUCCUUACAACUAUCCUGCAAAGCAGAUUCCUUAUUAAUCUUUAGGGGGUGAGCUGUGUGAAAUAAACAAUGGAGUUCUUGACAGAGCCAAGAUUUGAACCUGGAACUUGUAGCUCCAGCUCUUGUCACCUUAAUUCAGCAUAUCUCUGUAGGUUACCGGCUUGAUCAGACAACUCCAACUAGGUGGUUCUUCUCAUUGGAAGGCAGGAGUUAGGCUGGCAUUUCAGAAGAGGAUGUUUUCCUUGCCUUAAAGGUAAAAAAUUAGACAUGUUCCUUGCCUUAGAACAUGUCUAAUUUGGAUUGCUCCACCACACUGAGGGGAAAAGUAAAAUCGACACUUGUAGGGGUUUUUUUGUCUUUAGGAUUUAUGGUUUAUUUACGAAUGCAUACUGCCUGAGUCCACAAUGGAGGAAUUAGUUGAAUUUUCUUCUCGGGCUUCGUGGAGUUAUUUUGCUCUGCCUUUGAUAAAAACAAGAUCUUGUCACAUGGUAGGGGAAAUAUUGGUAUAGCUUUGGUGGUCUGGUGAGUUGUGUAUUGGGCUAGCCAGAGAUGUUUUCUUGUCCUCAAAACAAGGUUUUCUGUAACACUCAGUUUCUGUUCUGUUUACUCUUCUUGGGUGCAGUUAAAACUGAUUUCUGAUUGAGAAAAAUUGACAUAUUCCUAUAGUUGUGUCCCCAACUGGGCAGGCACUGCUUACCCUGUAAAGUGAUAUAAUUACAUUAACUGGACUAGCCCUAUAUCUUUGGGGAAGAGCAUUCCAGGCAGCCCUAUGAAACUUGAGAAGAAAGGAAAUUAUCAGUACUACUGCCUAAAUAAGCAAGGCCUGCUUCACAAAAUAAAGCAAACAAUGAAAUGUGGGGGCACGAGAGUAUGGAUAUGAAAUGCUUCUUUUUAUAAACAUAAAAAGUAUACUAACUGAAAUGUAUUAUUGUUUGUUCUCAGGCAAGACAAUAGCAUAGAUUCUACUUCUUCUUUGAAGGAAGACAACAAACUGGAAGCUUUGGACUCAAAGCAAGGUAGGAACUGCAGAAGGCUUUAAAUGUUGCCGCCUCUGCGUUUGGCAUUGUGAACAGAGCAGUAGCAAUAAUGUAAUGUUACUUGCCUCGAAACAAAUGCUCUGGGUCAUCUCUGCAAAUACUACAUAAUAGAUUGCAAAUGAAACAAUGAUGCAUGAUAGAAUAACUUUCUUUGGAAGCUAUAAUUGAAUUUCAGACAUUAGGAGCCCCUUCUCUAGCUAGUUGUCAAAUGAAACCCAGGAGUUUGUCAGCAUUUUGGGCAAGCAUUUGGGUUGUGCUUUUUUUUUUUUUACAUUUUCACUAAACAUAACUUUGUGAUGCCAGUUCUUCUUUACAUCUUUGGCUGUGGAUUAUGUUUUUUAGUCAUUCUAGACUGUAACGAAGAUUGAAUCCAUCUCUGGGUGUUAUUUGUACUUGUUGUCAUAUUUGAUAGGAGUAGUGAUCCAAUCUAGAGUUCCUGACUUUUCCCCAAACCUGUUUCUCCUCUUCUUGAUACGUCUUCCCUAGCAUACCAUCCACCUCUGACAUCUUGUUUUACCAUCUGAGCAAGGGGUGGGAGUAAGGUGUCUUUUUCCAAACCAUACAACGACCUCUCAGAAUCAAGCUGCCUAUUUUCAUAGCUGUGCCCUCUUUGGAGGUACACAAGAGUGUGUGGAGGAAUGUCAGGGGGCCCGUCUUUUAUGAGCUGUUUCAUGUGGGGAGGCUCAAGCCUUUCCCCUUUGACUCUGGGAGAUAUAGUGCAAUAGGGUCCCAGAUUUAGAGCAUUGUUUAUUUGGUGCAGUAUAUAGCAGGAGCUCCCAUUGCACAAAGUAACCAAGCUUCCGUCAACAUGAUGGGAAGGAGCUGCUCCUAUUUCUCCAUACCAAGGGCAGAUUUAAUCACUAUCCAUACUGGUGCCCCUGAGUAUACCCCUUUACUUCCUUUCGUGUAAGUGAAAGAUUGUCCUUUGUUCCUAUAAGAAAAAGGUGCGGUACUUAAGGAAACUAUUGGGAUGAGGGCAAAAUUCGCACUCCAUCUCUGCUGUUCGCCCAGGAGCAAGAAGGUUGAAAGGAGAAGAGAGUGGACUUAGGAUCACACAGGGAACAAAAGGAGUUGUUUUGUUGGUUGUCUGGGUUUAACCCAUCAGCGAAACACCAGUGUGAACCCAAAUAGUGAGGUCCUAAUGUAUUGUGUGGGUUUGUGCCUGCCAACGUUUUCACCUCUUUGCCUAGUGAUGACAGGCAUGCUGCAAGCCACGGGGAAGGAUCAUUCUGUAUCUUAUUGCCACAGGAAAUAUCCCCAGUAAUUACUUACAUCUCUUUAGAAAGAAGUGCCCCAUUCUUCCUUAAAGAUGGUAAAAAUAGCUAAUAGGGGGAAUUGAACUUGAUUAAAAUGGUCUCAUAAGGCAGCCAAGCGAUUAGCAGGAUGCUGUGACUUUGUGAAGACUGCUUUAAAUAUUGCUUGUUGCACUCUCUGGAAUGACCUCUGAAUUGACAUGUCUCCUGCAGACUUCCUCUCUUCCUUCUCUGCUAUCAGAGGGAAUUGAUGACUGUUGCAGGUGAUUGCUUCUUUGUCCUUUUUAUGACUUUAUCAGCCACUGGUUUCGUGAUGGCUCUGGGCAAUGACAACAGUGCUAGUCAGGAUGUUAGCUUUUAAAGAGCUUUUUUGAGACUGCGCAGGCAUAAAUGGUAAAACUUAGUAACUGUUCUUCCUCCACACUGCAGUCUGUGAUGCUGAAGAUGAAAAGUACGAGAGCCAAGGGGUAAGCAGAAAUGAGUGAAAAGUGGUUAAGAAAGAGAAAUUAAGUGCCUGGAAAUGAAUUUCGCAAUCCUAGUUGAAAGAAUAAAUACAAGUUAUCAAAAUGAAAAAGAUAAUGAGAAAAAUGCCAUCAGAGACUUUUAUUACUAUGUAAAAUUACAGCUGCAAAAGAAAGGGGGGAAAUGAAGCGGUUCAGCUAAUUAAACAUUUGUUAGGGCAGUAGGGCUAUGUGAUUAUUGUGCAUUGUACUUCCAUGGAGAUUUCAACUCUGUAGAGAGCCCAGGCUGAUUGUACCUUUAAGCCUGGUUUAGGUAACUUCUUAUUCUUCAGCAGAAGGAUAAAUGAUUUCUAUAAAAAAUACUUUUGUCUCAUUCCCUCGGGUCAGUGCCCUUUCACUUGGAUCCGUUGGCCUUUGGCAACAGGAGAGGAGCGUGCUGGAACAUUGCGUCUGAACUUUGAACCAGGCUUAUUCCGUUGAGAAUGUAUUCUCACUUUGGAGAUGUUCUGUUCACUUGAACAAUGCAUUAAGUAAAUAUGGACUAGUGCCCGGCAGCAAAGCAAAAGAAUUUCCAUUCCUUAAUCCUAUUGAUUCCCAUUUCUUUGAUCUUUCACACACUUCUCUGGCAAGUUAAAAGCAGUUGGAAGAUGUUUUGAGUUCAUGCCUGCCUUAUUGUAGGCAAUGUGUGGUGAAGAGUAAAAACAACGCCUUGCGGAUCAAAGUUCACUAUUUGAUUGUUUUUGAGAACUUCUCAGAAGACUGUGGUGAUGACAUAUUUUGCAUAAGUUUCUAACAGCUGCUUUUAAAACCAUUGUUUCAUAGGUCUUGGUAGACUUGUCAGAGGAACAAGAAACCCCAACUGUGGCCGUUUGACUUAGAGUUUUAUAGCCUUGACCAUCUGCCUCAUAAUUAGACUAAUGUAAUCUAACUUCUUUCACCUUUUGUUGUUGUGUGCAUUUUAAAGCUCAUCAGAUCAAUGCUGUGUUCAGUUGAUCUGAUUUUGCAAACAUACAGCAUACUUAAUAACUCUUAAGUUGGUCAGGCUCUUAUGCAAUAAUAUAGUACACGAUUAAAGGUUAGCUUGGCUUUGUUCUCACAUUUUCUUGAAUCAGUUGUGUUAUUCUGUAUGUGUUUUUUAAAAGCAUGGGUUUUGCUGAUUUCCUCAUAAUAUAUUUACAGGCUACAAUUGUCUAUGUAUAUUUCUAAUAUUUGUAAAACUGCUACAUGUGGAAUGGUUUACUUUCUAGUUACUUUAUGGAAAGCUGCCUCCUAUUUUGCAGAGGAAGAACAUUUAUUAUACAUUUCUCUUAGUGUUCGGUAUUGAUUUUUCUUCCCCCUCCAGAUACCAGUUAUAUCAUAAAAAGUCAAAGAAAAUAUGCUUUUCUAAAGAUUUUCUUCCUUGCUCAUAAACACAAGACCCAUACACACACAAAGAAAGUUGUGAUACUUCUUUCUAAAAAGAUUUAAAAGCCAGGCUAGAAUUUCUAAAGCCUUUCCUCCUACUUUUGUCUUGAGAGGAAAACUAGUCUUCCUUCAACUCAUUUUGGAACCAGCACAGAUUAAUUUCAGUAGUAUGUAUUCUGCUGCUCAGUCUUUGUAGAGGACUUGCUGAGAAUGGAAAGUACCCAGUAUAAAGAUCAAGCAGAGAAUAUUGCCUUUUAUGUGUAUGGAGAGGUUUUUACUACUCUCCAUCCCAUUUUCCAAAAUAAACCCUCACAUCCAUGUAGCUAGCCUUGUGAUACAGUAUACUAUUAUAGCCAAAGGCGCUGAAAUAUUUAACAGCACAGCAACACGCCUCUAGAAUCUAGAAACUUUCAUGAUAAGCAGAGGCCAGCACAUGUAUUUCUAGUUCUUUGUUGUCAUUCUCAUUAUAAGGCCAAAGAAUGGUGAAUAAUCCUCUUGGGACUUUUGCAAAAAUGAAAAUUUGCCUAUUAGCAAUUUGUGAAAAGCCUGGCAAUAUCAACAAUACAGUUCUGUUGCCAAAUAUGGUAUGGACACAUCACAAAUCUAUGACAUUCUGGGUGCUGUGGGAGUCUUGGCAGACAGACAUUGUUGCAUAAUUUCUCUGGAUCAUGGUUCUUGUUUAUGACUUAGUGGUUGCCAACCAUUCAUGCAAGUGUCCGAGGUCAAGAUCAAAGUAUGGGAUUGGGCUGUUCAGUUCCCUGAACCAAGAUCCCUCUCUCUCAGUCCUCACCAUGCGUCUUUGUCUCACCAUCUCCUCCUCAUGAUCCAUCCCACAAAAUGUCUCUGUGCACUAAAAAUGAGGGACAUCUUUGCAGCACACAGAUGCACACUGUGGUCUGAAUUGCAGCCCCAUGCACCUGCUCCAUUGGUGACCAAGGAGUAGGCAGUUAGUGGCGGGGGGCUCAGUUUGUGAUGCAUGGAGCCCCUGCCUGGAAAUACAUGGAGUUCAUUCAUUGGAUGGAAGGAAAAUGAACCCUGAUACCCCUAGAACAAGGUCCACAGGACCCCUGAUUCUUCCCCAAACUGCCAUGGAUCCCUGCUGCACCUGUUACUUACAACGUACUUGCUGCAACUGAUGGUUAUGAAAGGCUGGAGUAACCUGCUUCCAGAUUCUUAGGGGCUACUUCAUUCUGCACAAAGUGGCUCAGGGGUCAGAACUAUCCACCCUGUAAUAAAAGUUGGCAUCAUCUAUCUUCACAUUGACAAAGCAGAAGAUACUGGGUGGAACCAUUGCCAUUGCCUUUUUGUAGGUGGGGGAGCUAAAGAAAUUAAUGUGGUUCCUGAAAGAUCCCUGGGGGAACAAGCAGAUGGGCAAUGGCAUUUUGCUUUUCCCUAACAGAUAUGUUAGCAAUAUAGUAAAAGUCAUGUGAAAUGUCCAAAGAAUCCAUUCUUUCUGUGCAGCUGAUUAUAUCACAUCUUGAUUAAAAUUUGAGAGUCAAAUCAACCACCCCUAAUUUUAAGGAUACCAAGGUUUAAUUUUUUGUUAUCUGAUUAACCAGCAUUCCCUUUAUAAACAGAGCUUUACUAGGGCUGGGGUUAUUUGAUCCUCGGGAACCGCGAUUCAGAGGCCGCUUUGUAUUGGUUUCCAGUAUAUCAGUGACUGUGGUGCUGAUGAGCAAUAGUACCAGAUCAAUAACACUUCAAGCCUUGGAGAUUUGAAAGGAGAGGGUAGAAGAGGGGAAACUGCUAAGUUCUGCAAAAGCCGUCCAGUAAAAGAAAAUAUUUGGGACCAAGUGGGGAAGGGCUAAUUAAAAACCAGAAUCUCCAAGAAGAAAAUGACAGCAGAGUAUUGAUAAACACAUUAAUUAUUUCAGAGUGUUCUAAUCUACUGCUAUCCUUUUAUUAUCAUAAAUGGCAUAUAAGAGCUCUCAAAUGAAUGCCACGUUACUUUAGACUUUUCAGAGUGAGCUGAAAAGCUAUCUUGUGUUUUAAUUCACACAUCAAUUUAAUACUCUUGAGGUUUCAUUGAUAAUUGUGGAGGCUAUUAGUGACAUUUAUAUUGUAGGCAGAAUGGAUAAAAAUGGGCAAGUGUAAACCUUCAGCCUAACCAACUCCAAAUCUGUGUAUCAAGGCCGUAAACUGUAAGGAUUACAGAGAAUGUGCAUAUUCCAGAGGAACGUAAUGCCAUGGCCUCCUGCAGUAAAUUGCGCAAAUGAACAGUUGUGUGUUUUAUCACUUUGCUGUUGCCAGGCUGCGUGUAAAUUCUUGACAAGGUUUUCUCAUUGUCUCUUUAAAAACAUUGCACGUAAAGAAUCUCCCAAAGAGCAGCAUAUUGAUCUUUACCAUAAUAGGCCAUAUGUCCUUUAAGAGGUACCAAUGGGUAAGUAGUCUUUGAAUCCAGCUUUUUAAUAUAGGUAGUGAAUUCUGAAUUUUGCCUAGGCUAUAAUUGUCGGUUGGGAUGUGUCACAGCGAAUGUGUUAUGCCUCCAUACAUUGAACAAGGGCUGGUUCAUACAUUUAAAGUAUUUUCUCUGCUGUUCAGCAAAAAGAAGGGGGGAAGCUCAUUGAACGGCUUACAGAUACCCAUAAAUCCCUGUCUUCAAGCUUGCAGUCUAAAGGACGCAACUAAAAAAGGAAAGGGAUUGGGAGGGAGGAGGAAAAAAGGAAACCCGAGCAGUACUUAGUUGUAGAACUCUUGAAAUGGCCACCUGGAAUGGAGAGCAUUCAAGGAGAGAGGAGGAGCUGAAUGUUGCUGAUGCCUCAGCUCAGCUGACGGAGAGGUUCUGAAGUCCCAUUUCUCCUCUACUGUAGCCUGAUGACAUGGUUGCUUCUAGGUGCAUGUGUGUAAUUUGACGUGUCCUCAUUUGAAUAUGUGUGAACUGACUCCAUUAGAAAACACUGUGUGGAUGGGGUGAGGUGGUGGCACCUGUGUCCAUAUUGUUGGCUCUGCGAUGACAUCUUCACAUAUUGAGUAAAUAAUUUGAUGCUAGAGCCAUUGAGCAAUGAAUGUGUGUGUGUGUGUGUGUGUGUGUGAGAGAGAGAGAGAGAGAGAGAGAGAGACAGUCCUUGGUAGAUCAGUUCCAUUGAUUUGAUACAAUUCAGUUUCAGUAAUUUUUUUCAUAGUCACACCCCAGAUUUUAUGUUCCUCAAGGAAAUAUACAUGCCAUUUUGUAAUAAACAGCUUAUUAAAAUUUCAUCUUAGGGUGCUAUCAGACACAUUUCUCCAUAUCAGAUAAGUUUAACACUUUUUACAUUUUGUAAUGGCUUAUUGUGCAUUUAACAAAUAGAAGUAGUGUUAAUGGAGAACUUCCAGAGAUAAAUGAUCACAUGUACAUAGUACCUGAGGACAAGAUGUCAAAAGAAAUAUAUGCUUUAUUAUGAGUAUUUGUCAUGUCAGAUUCAAACUCGUUUCCUUGCAUCAUGUUCUGUUACAUUUUCCUGAAGACCAUUGCCUGGGUCCAGAGAAGAGGAACCCUAGUUCUGUGCACCUCAGGGAGUUUGGGGCUUGUGUUUCUAGAACCCUAGUUCACCAUCUUCCAUGAUUUAUUUUCCCUUGGAACUCCUGGGAUUUCAAAAGCCCAGUGAUCUACUGCAGAAUGCAGCUUUGGCAUUCAAAGGGCCUUUUAAAAUUCUCAAACCUUGAGGUCACGUCCAAAGUAGUUCUUUGGAUCUCGGCCCAUGUUUUUAAUCAUAAUUGAACAAAUAGGAACGCUGUAAUUGUUUUUGAGAUAACUUAAAUUGAAACACUUCAUUAAAAGUCUUUGCACAGAUAUCUCUUAAUAAGUGUAUUGCCACGCUGAUAUCUGUACCCUCAUUUUAUUUUGUUGCAAUGUACACAAGAAUUUUAGGAGUAUUUUUAAACUGCACUUCAGGAAUUAAAUUCACUUCUAAAAUAAUAAACAGCAGUCAGCCCCAAAGGCUCCCCACAUCAACUUUCAUUUUGUAAUGCAGAGGCGUCCUUGUGAUAUAAAACCUUAUGACAUUUUAAUUAGGAAAAUAGAUCAUGCAAUUCCAUACGAUGGAAUAAAUUUUCCAAGCGCUGCUGCUCUGGUCUACUGCAUGUUCUCCUAAAUUGGAAUAAAAAUGCAUUAAAACUUGUCUAAAUUAGAUCAGUCUUAAAGCUGGGGGAGGGGAGGAAAGAGAGAAACUGUUGAUUUUAAUUUAUAGAUGACCUUUCCUAUACCUUAAAUCUAUGCAAAGGAGUAUUUGUAUGCAGAGGAAAUGUUUCACAAGAUGAAAAGCCAAUUUUAUUUUAUUUUUAAAGGGCUUCUGAAUUCUUCCUUUCUGUUAAUUUUGUGUUACAGGCAAAGGAGAAGACAGCGAUGUUCUCAGCAUCAACGCAGAUGCAUACGACAGUGACAUUGAAGGCCCAUGCAAUGAGGAAGAUCAUUCAGAUGGGCUGGAAAGGACUGUCAGAAGUGGAGAUGGUCCAAUAGACGACCUCCAGAAGGACAUUGAGAAAAGCGUGAACGAGAUCCUGGGGCUUGCAGAAUCCUCCCCAAAGGAGCCAAAGGCAGCAACUUUGGCGGUUCCUCCAACAGAUGAUGUCCAGCCAUCAGCACAGCAGCUGGAACUCCUGGAGCUUGAGAUGCGAGCCAGGGCUAUUAAGGCUCUCAUGAAAGCCGGAGAUGUAAAAAAAUAGCCCCAGGGCUGUUUCAUUUGCAAGAUGUCUGCAUUUGUUCUGAUGGGUGUGAUGUCGGCUCCCUUCAGUGCUAAAAUAUAUUUGAACCGGUUUUGACAUUCCUCAUUCAAGCCCUUUGUGUAUCCUGACCCAUGGCUGAAGAAGUUGGCAGCAGUUUGUCACUGCCAUCAGAACUGUGUGACUCUUGCACAAGUGGAGAGGCUUGACGCUGUUCGACUCAACUGGCCAUUUUCUCUCUUUGUGUUGGAUUUCCCCCCUUCCCUCCCACCGCCCUCAACACGAAUUGGGAAAUGGUUGUAGAUCAUAUACAUCUCUUGCUAAAUCCCGGUGCUUUGCAGAAUAAUUGGGGAACAAUGUAAGGCCUUCUCAGGGCUUACUUCAGCAUUCUGGGGAGGUUCAGUUGGUGAGAAAGAAACAGACCACCGCUCCUUAGAGAUGGAGGCCUAUCGGGCAUGUAUAUUGAGAAAUCCCUUGCACCAGCAGUUGAGACCCAGAUUGCUUGUUUUCGUUGGGUUCAGUUUAUGUAGCAAAAUAUUGUAUGCCCUAUGCCAAGGGAGCCAAGAUGGUAGUGCAGUCUGUGGAGCCCUUAAUGGGUCUUGGCAGCUUCUGGUGCCAGCCCAUGAGCAUUCAUAAUCUGUGUAGUUUGAACCAUAAUACAGUUACUGUCUCCCUUUAUUUUUAGUGAGUUUAAGUAAUGAUGUGGGUGCAUCCUAAAACACACUCUUUAAAACAAAUUUCUGGUGCUUGACUGUAGUUAUGUGCGUAGCGUCCAGCUUUCCAGGACAUGUUACAAAUUCAUUUUUAAUCCCUUAAGUGCAUUGUUAAUGUUAAGUUAUAGACUUAAUAUGGUUAAAUGUAAUUUGUAAACUCAGCCUAGGAAGACCCUUUCCUAGGACUAGAUAGGACGUUUUGACAAUGCAAAAGUAGAUAUUUAUAUGCAGUUGGGGUAGUUGUUACACGUGUCUAUCCUGUACAUUAUAAAGCAAAGCGACUAAGACUUAAAAUGUCGGUAUCCUGAGGUUUUGUUUUGAAGUAAGUCUGCACUGAUUGCAGGUGGAAAAAAGACAUAUAAAAAUUUAUGAGGGUGCAAGGCACACCAAUACCUGCUGCUUUGAAAACGGACAAAAAGUGUGGUAGAUCAACAUGUAUUAACUAAUACAUUUGGCUAUACAUUUCAGUGCAUGCUCAGGUUGAUAAUUUUUUUUAAAGAAAAAAUGGGUGGAAGUUCCAGCAGGUUGCACGGUGUGGUAUAGCAGGGCAGAGGCAGGCUGGCUAGUGCCUGCUGGUUGAACACUAAAUACUCAUUUUAAAUUGCAUUCUUUUGUUCUCCUGCCUCCUUAAGCUUGAAUGUUUGGGUUGGAGAAAGGAAGAGCUUGCUGAGCCUAGCAUUGAACUGAGUGAAAAAUGGGGACCAUCAAUUUUGUGCAUUAAAGACUGGAAGGAAACAGAGUUGGCUUGAAUGAGAAAAAUGGAGAUUUUUCAUCUCCUUGGUUGGGGAGCAGAAGGGACAGUUAAGUGAGGGAGGAAAUUUGGGGGAUAAGGAACUGAUCCGGAAAUGAUGCAGGGAAACUAAGAAGAAAAGUUAAUGGAGUUAAAUGCCUUUGAGUUUUGGUAUAAUCAAGGAAGUGUUAAUACUGUGUUUUAUUUUGUACAUGGUUGUUGACACCACUUGGGAAUGAACAAGGAAGGCAUCUAAGCUUUUUCUUGUGAUAGAUACCAUCUCUGUCUUACUAAGCUCAUACAUUUCAAAUUUUUCACAUGAAAUUAGAGUCAUUGUCAAAACUAUCUCUUCAGCUGUGAUUUAACAGAAAUCUCAGCUGUCAGUACUAGAGUGGUAAAGUGUUGGGUUUAUUUCUGAAUGUAGAAGCUUCACUGACCAUUGUGAAUUCUUGAAGCAAUAGUCUAGAAAAAUAAAGUAUCGAAAAUAUCUCCCAGGC